GAGAGAUCAAGCGAAGUACAAACGAGCGUCUGAAAGUCGAAGAGGCUCAACUUCGUGUCAGCCGAAAUGGUGUCACGUGUGAUUGUCCCGUCCGCGCGAACAGAAGCAGAAGAACAACACAUCGCGUAUCACUUGCUUGUCGAACUGCUCGCUCAUCAAUUCGCAUUUCCUGUUCGAUGGAUCGAAACGCAAGAUGCCUUGUUUGCGAAGGAGCGGCAGAUCGCCCGAUUUGUGGAGCUGGGCCCUUCAGCCACUUUAACAAACAUGGCCUCGAAGACACGGGCAUCUCGCUAUGAGACAUUAGAUUCAUUGCUUGGCGUUCAUCGCGAAUUCCUUUCGAGCGUUGAGAAUAUCUCACAGGUUCGCUAUCACUAUGAAAGUAGACCUAAUGCAGAGGAGGAAGCAGUCGAGGAAGAUGUGACUCCCGAGAUUGUUCAUACAACAACGCAACCAGCUCCACCCACUGAUGCUACAACUCCAUCGUCAUCGGACAUCGUUCCAGCCGCUAGCAUUGACGAUGUACCAAUGCACGCAUUGCAGCUGAUUACGAUGUUAGUGGCUUUCAAGCUACGGAAGUCAAUGGACAAGAUUUCUGCUAGACAAUCCCUGAAGGACCUAUCCUCUGGGAAGUCCACACUGCAAAAUGAGCUCAUGGGAGAUCUCACAGAUCAAUUUGGCUCUGUUCCGGACGGCGCAGAGGACAUGCCACUUUCAAACCUCGCGGACGCUCUAGAGCCACAUAACCCCGGUCAAGUCAGCCAAGCGUUUUCUGAAAUGAUUGCGCGGUGGAUUUCGUCUGUACUACCACCGAAAUUCAGCUUGAAGUCGAUGCGGCGAUACCUCGAAGUAACAUGGGGUCUCGGUUCAUCACGCCAGAUGUCUGUCAUUGUCUUUGCAAUGACAAAAAGUAUUUCCGACGCUACGUCUCGUCUGUCCUCUAUUGGAGUAGCGAAGUCGAUGCUCGAUGAUGCUACAGCCAAAUAUGCAACUUACUGUGGCCUAAAUUUGCAGAAAACUUCAGCCCCAACGAAACGUUCAACGGCAGCGAUGACUAUGGACAGCGAGUCGCUAGAGAAGCUUACAAAGGACCAAAAGCGUCUCGGAACCCUGCAGCAUCAGGCGCUAGUGCGCUACCUCGACAUUGAGGAUAUCAGUAAGGGAAAACUCCUAGAACUGGAAAGUCAGUUUAAGACUCAACUAAAUCGCCUUUCACUCUGGACGUCUGAAUACGGGCCGGACUUUGAGAAGGCUAUCCAACCAACGUUUAACGGAAACCACCUGCGACAUUUCAACUUCUGGUGGAAUCAAACCCGGAUGGAUGUAUGCCGUCUCUAUCAUGAUCCCGAAUGCCUGCAAUCUUUGGUGUCUUCUGCAGCAUCCGAUCAAGCAAAUUGGGACUCCCUGCGAAAGAUUGCAAACAGAUCAAACGGGCAGACUCUGGACUUGAUCUCCCAUAUGAUAAAGUCCUCUACAUCCCAAAAGGACAAAGCUCUCUUUGCUGUUACUGGCAAGAUCCUCACAAACAUGAUCCGGGAUAACCUCUCACUCCCGCCACGGGCGUCCUUUGCAUUCGUGCCAUCAGCACCUCGAACAACAGUCAAUCCGGAUGGGUCAGUCACUUAUUCGGAAGUUCCACGCCUGAGAUCGGAAUCGAUAGCUCAAUAUGCCCAAGUCCUCCAAGAGGGACAGCACACAACCCUGAAAACUCAGUCCGGCGGUUCUUGGGACAUCAAUCGCAAGUUGACCGCCUACCAUUGGGAAGCCAUAUCUCGGGCUCAGCAAGACGGCCUGUCUUUCCACAAGAAGGUGGCCCUCAUAACGGGAGCAGGACUAGGCUCUAUCGGAGCUGAGCUAGUCAGAAAAUUGCUGAUGGGAGGAGCGACCGUGAUAGUGACUACCAGUCGGGCAGUCUCUCGCGCUCAAGGAUUUUACCAGAAGAUUUAUCGCGAUUUUGGAGCCCUUGACUCUGAGCUAUUUGUCCUACCCUUCAACCAGGCAAGCGUGAAAGACUGCAAAGAGCUGAUCGACUACAUUCACAAUGAGUCUGGUCUUGGUCGCAAUAUAGAUGUCCUCAUACCUUUUGCUGCAAUGGCUGAAGACGGGGCUGAGAUUGAUCAAUUGGGACCUAUGUCGGAGGUAGCUCACCGCUUGAUGUUGACGAAUGUUCUCCGCUUGGUCGGAAAUGUCGUACAACAAAAGACAGACCGAGGCCUUCAUUUCCGUCCCACGCAGGUCUUGGUUCCCCUCUCCCCCAACCAUGGGACUUUUGGAGGGGACGGUCUCUACUCCGAAUCGAAGUUGGGACUCGAAAGUAUCUUGAAUCGUUUCGCCUCCGAGACCUGGAACGACAAGGUCUCUGUUUGUGGUGUCAUUAUCGGCUGGACCCGUGGAACAGGACUAAUGGAGUCCAAUGACAUCCUUGCGGAAAGUGUGGAAGCACAUGGUGUCCUGUCAUUUUCACAGGAGGAAAUGGCACUGAAUAUCCUCUCCCUUCUCAUUCCCGAAAUUUCCACUUUCUGUGAAGAUGAGGCUAUCCUAGCCGACUUUGGAGGCGGAUUGCAACAGCUUCAGGAGUUAAAGAAGAUCACAUCCGAUGCACGGACAACUAUUCGCCAGCAGCAGCAAUGCAACAAGGCGGUAUUUGAAGAAGACGCCCGAAUGUCCACUUUGAUCAGUGGGCCUCCUCAGAACCUCACCAAGCUCGAAUCGCCUGCCAUGCCACGCCACCGGCGAAGCAGGCUUGAAUUGAAAUUCCCCACGUUACCCAGUUACGACCAAGAUCUCAAAAGUCUUUCUGACCUUGAAGGCAUGGUGGACCUGAGCAGUGUGGUUGUUAUUGUUGGGUUUUCCGAGCUUGGGCCUUGGGGUAAUUCCCGGACACGCUGGCAGAUGGAGAGCCAGCGGAAAUUGGCUCAAGACGGAUACAUCGAAAUGGCUUGGAUUAUGGGUUUGAUCAAGCAUUUCGAUGGCCAGCUCAAAUCGGGUGAGCACUUUGUCGGCUGGGUCGAUGCGAAAAACGAAGAACCCAUUGCAGACGACCAGGUUGCGGAAAGAUACCGCGCCAAUAUCCUAGACCACGCGGGAAUUCGGCUAAUUGAGCCUGAAACUCUUGGCGGGUACGACCCUAUGAAGAAAGAAUUCCUGCAAGAAAUCGCAGUGGAAGAAGACCUUCAUCCAUUUGAAUGUACCCGGGCCACAGCAGAUGCUUUCCAGAGGAAGCAUGGGGAACACAUCUCCAUCCAUCACUUGGAUGAAUCAGACACAGUUCGUGUGCAAAUCAAAGCCGGGGCCCACCUAUGGGUGCCAAAGAUCGUGCCGCUUGCCUCCAGCGUGGUGGCCGGUCUGUUGCCAACCGGGUGGAAUGCCGCCCGAUACGGAAUCCCAGACGACAUCAUUGGCCAGGUGGAUAAUGUGACACUGUAUACCUUGUGUUGCGUGGCUGAAGCGUUCCUGAGUGCGGGUAUCGAAAACCCGCUCGAAGUCUUCACCAAAAUCCACUUGGCAGAGAUUGGAAACUUCAUUGGAAGUUCCUUGGGUGGAACUGACAAAAAUCGAGAGAUGUUUCAUGACGUUCGCCUUGACAAACGUGUUCAGGGUGACGUGCUUCAGGAAACCAAUUUGAACACGCCUGCUGCUUGGGUGAACAUGCUCUUACUCGGCUCAAGCGGGCCUAUCAAGACUCCCGUCGGCGCCUGUGCAACCAGUCUGGAAUCUAUGGAUAUGGGCAUUGAUUCCAUUACGAGCGGAAAGACGCGUAUGUGUCUUGUAGGCGGUACAGACAACCUCCAAGAAGACGAAUCCUAUGCCUUCUCAACCAUGAAAGCUACUGUUGACGCCGCCAAGCAGUUUGCUGAGGGCCGACAACCAGCUGAAUUCUCCCGUCCUACCGCGGAGACCCGGGCCGGCUUUUUGGAAGCCCAAGGCUGCGGAGUUCAACUUAUUUGCAACGCUGAGAUGGCCAUCGAGAUGGGAUUGCCCAUUUAUGCUGUGGUGGCCGGCUCAACCAUGGCAUCCGAUAAAAUCAGCCGCUCAGUCCCUGCACCUGGCAAAGGCCUCUUGACAUUCGCGCGAGAAACACCUGCGGCCGCCGAUUCUCAAUUGCUCGACAUCAAAUACAGACGAGCAGCAUUGCAUGCCACUCUCUCUCGCGCAUCCCAGGCUGAUAUCCGCCAGCGUCAAUCAGCCGGCGCCUCCACCACUGCGUCCCAGAAUGUUAAUGCCACCCUCACUCAGCAGAUUCGGAAACAAUGGGGAAACCACUUCCGUGUUCAGAAUCCGGAGAUUUCCCCUUUAAGGGCCUCACUCGCUGUCUUCGGACUCACUGUCGAUGAUAUCGGGAUCGUCUCGCUCCAUGGGACAUCUACCAAAGCCAAUGAUAUCAACGAACCAGAAACAAUCAACACGCAGAUGACCCAUUUGGGUCGCAAGGGACCUCCCCUUCUGGCCAUCUGUCAGAAAGCCACCACGGGUCAUCCAAAAGCUGCAGCCGCUGCUUGGAUGCUUAACGGAUGUCUUCAGGUCUUGCAUUCUGGCUUGGUGCCAGGAAACUUCAAUUGUGACAAUAUCGAUCCCGCCCUACAACGGUUCGAACAUUUGGCCUUCCCAACUGAGACGAUGCGGGUUCCGGGUGUCAAAGCUUUCCUCUUGAAUUCCUUCGGAUUUGGCCAGAAGGGCGCCCAGAUGGUGGGAGUGGCUCCGAAGUAUCUAUUUGCAACCUUGAGCAGUGAUUGUUACGCUGGCUAUGCCCGAAAAUACAGCCAACGGAUCAAACUGGCGAAUCGUGCCUUUGCAAAAGCGGUGAUGUCAAACUCGAUUGUCAAAGCUCAUGAGCACCCUCCGUACCGGAAGGAAGAUGAAGCCACGGUGCUUCUUGAUCCGUUAGCACGUGCGCGCAUCCACCCAGAGACCCAGGAGAUCUAUUUCGAUCCAGCGCAUCUUCACGGCGACCCUGUCGAAGUUGCCCCGACUGUCAAACAAGCUGAAGCGCCUGAGGCACUGGAUUUGCCCCCUACUGAGCCUCGGUACGGAGACCUCUCCUUCAGCAUGGAAGCAUAUGACGUUGUCGACCGCCUCCUGGGCGACAUUGGAGUGAUGUCCUCUCCAAUUGGCUCCGUAGGUAUCGACAUUGAGUCCAGCUCCGAGUUUUGUUCGGAUGCGAACCCUACGUUUCUCGCGCGGAACUAUACGCGCGCAGAGCGCGAGCAUGCAAUUCGCUCCCGUGAUCCCCACAGUGUCUACGUUAGCCGCUGGUGCGCAAAAGAGGCCGUAUUCAAAAGUCUGGGUGUGAAAUCCCUAGGUGCGGGCGCCGCCAUGGAUACAAUCGAGAUCUGCAGCUACGAAAAUGGCUCGCCAUGUGUUAAGCUGCACGGCCUUUCUCUUCGCGCGGCUCGCGACGCGGGCAUUACAAACGUGCUACUCAGCAUUUCUCACGGGCAUGACACUGUCAUUGCGGUGGCAGUCUCACAGCGUGCUGCGUCCACGCCAUUGGUGAGCAGCAUUUCACUCCAGGACCAGCAGAACGUGAUGAUGAAAGAUAUGAAU